AUGGAUAAUUACAAUACAGACUCUUUAAGUCAGGAUAUAGAACCUCUCUAUACGAUGCUAGAAAAUUAUAAUAAAAGAUCAUUUUCUGUCAUGUCAGAAUCAAAUCAUGAAUAUACUCAAAUUCAAAUUCCACCUCAUAUUCUAACCCCGCCAAGUUCUACAGUACGAAAAUCAUUUACCUCUUUACAACAAUUGAAAUUAAAUAAUAUUACAAACAGUAAUUCACAAUCAAAUAAAUUGAACAAUACAGGUAAAUCACACUCUGGUAAGAUUAAAAAACACUUAUCACCAGACUUAUCCUCUCCAAUUGCUCCAACAAGAGCUAAAAAACAAAAAUCAGUAGGGGGCUCCCGUUCUAAUGGUACAUUGACCAUCGAUGAAUUCAUUCAAUCUCUUGAAACGAGAAAAAGACAAAAUGAAACGAAUGAAAAGCCACCUUAUUCUUACGCAAUGCUAAUUUGGUUGGCUAUUAUAACUUCCGAGUUAAAUAAAUUAACUUUAUCUCAAAUUUAUACCUGGAUUUCCACUUUUUUCCCAUAUUAUAAUACUAAGGAUGCAGGCUGGCAGAAUUCAAUUAGGCAUAAUUUAUCAUUAAAUGACGCUUUUAUUAAAAUCGAAAAAUCAUCAGAUGGUAAAGGUCAUUUUUGGGAAAUUACUACAGGCUCUGAAUCUAAAUUUUUUAAAGGGGAAACUGUAAGUAUUGAAUAUGUAAAAUCAAAAUUGAAAAAUAUAGAACAAUUACUAGUUCCACUUCCAGAAAAUAUGACAGUGUCAGGUAAAGAAAAUAAUUUACAAACCAAAGAAUUAGCAUUAAGAAGCACCAUAGGGUCUCCUGCCUCAAUUAAAUCAAAAAAAGCUCAAUUAUCAGAUCCUUUCGAUGAUACUAAAGGAUUAAAUGCACCUUAUAUUUUUGAAUCAAUGAAUAGUAAUAACUCCCUAAAUAAUUCUAAUGAUAAUAUGAUUAAGCCAUCAAUUAUUAAUUUUCAUCAAAAUAAUUCAAUUCCAAAUUUACAUGCUACCCCUUCUCAAAGAGAAAAUACAAUAAUACAUAUAAGUAAUACUUCCAAUACAGUUUCUAAUUGCAAUUCUUCUGCAACUGAUACUAAUGAACUUAAUCAUAAUCAUUCCAACAUUAAAAAUAACAACAAUACUUUCAUUGAUAAUAUUAAUUCUACAGAGACAAAUUCCAACUCAAACAUUAGCUCAAAUAGCUCUUUCAAUAACAUUCCUACAUUCUCAGUUUCAAAAUCGUUCGAUUCAAAUUAUAAAAUGGAUAAUAACAGCAAUUAUACUAACACUAGCAAUAGUAAACUUAAAAGUGAUGAUAAAUUAUCUCCAAUCUCGCUACCCUCUGUAAAUUCUUUAAAAAAAACUAACAUUAAAUUAACACCACAGAAAUUCUCCCAAGAUGGAAUUGAUCCAAAUUCCAUCUUAACCAACACAAAUUCAAAUAAUUUAUCUUUGUCUUUUCAUUUUUCUCCUAACAGUGGCUCUAUUAAUGCAACACGAGGCGGGAUUCCUAAUAAUUUAAGUUUAAGUCAAACUACUAAUACUUUUACUUCAUCAAUAAUAUCUAACAGUUCUUCAAUUUCGAACUUAAAAAAAUACUCCUCGUCUUUUAAUUCAAGCUUUGAUGUUGUGUCACCUGCAAGAAUCACAGAGCACCCAACUAAUGAUACAACUUUAUAUAAUCACGAAUUCGAUAAAGAUCAUAAUAACCUCUGUGUUGAAUUGAAUACGGCUUCUAAAAAUUUACAAGCAUCUUCAAUAGGUGACACAGUGCCAAAGACUCCAAGAUUAAAACAGUCCAAUAUUUUAGAAAAAACUCCAAACAAGCUGCUAUCAACCCCACAAGCAAACCCAUUUUCCUUAAGAAAAUGGCAAACUCCUUCUCACAUUUUUGACGAUUUAUUUUCAUCUCCAUUUUUUAAAGACGCCGGCACUCCGCUAAGAAUUAUUCCAACUUUUGGAAAUCACCUUUCAGCAAAUGAAGAGUGUAACUCUUCAGUAUCUUCACGAAUUUCAACUAUGCUACCCAACAUAGCAUCUAGCACAACUGCUUCAUCUAUACCUAACACAAGUAAUAAUAACAAUACAUCAGCAAGCCAAAGGCUGGGUCAUAGGCCCAAAAUAUCAUCUAGUGGAUUGUUUGGAGUUGAUGUGUAUUCCGUGUGGCAAAGAGCUACAGAAAACGCAUCACAAAAUUAA